AGUGUAGGAAGUUUAAAUUCUAUCUGAGGCUUGCGUGAUUAUGUACAAACAGUGUUAAGGCCCGAGAAAGGGAAAUGUCGAAAAGAGAAAAUUGACGCUAUGUCAUGUAGACAAUGACGAAGGCUUAUCCUCUUCUUACAGAAAUAUAUUGCAAUAAUGAAGUUCAUAUUGAAGGGAGUUUUAAUAUUGCUCUGUUUUGGUUAUAUAAAUGUGAUAGAAUCGUCACGUGUUUUGGAACUAAGUGAUAGAUUUUUGGAUGUUCGGAAAGAUGGCCAGUGGCUAGUAAUGUUCUACGCACCUUGGUGUGCUCAUUGCAAACGCCUUGAGCCAAUAUGGGCACAUGUGGCUCAAGCACUCCAUAACACAAACAUCCGUGUAGGACGAGUCGAUUGUACGAGAUUCACAGGGAUGGCUACUGAAUUUGGCAUUGCUGGUUUCCCAACCAUUUUAUUUUUGAAGGGAGAUGCUCAGCACACAUUCAAAGGUGACAGAACAAAAGAAGAAAUAGUCAAUUUUGCAGUUAGACUCUCAGGUCCACCAGUCCAACAGCUGACAAAACUGGAGAGCUUGGAAACAGUGCAGCUGACAAAACCGUUAUUUUUCCUUUAUAUUGGAGAAAUGAUUGGAAACUUGUGGGAUGCGUACUUAAGUAUUGCUGAAAUACUACAACCUCAUGCGUUUUUCUAUUCAGUCUCAACAAAAUUGGUUGACCAUCAUACACACCCAGUUGUUGCUGUGUACAAGGAAGACGAGUAUUAUUUCUUUGCAGAUAGUGAGAACUUAGAAAACAUUGAUUCAGGUCAACUAAAUUCCUCAUUGUAUCAGUGGAUUAACACAGAAAGAUUCUCAACAUUUCCAAAAGUUACCAGAGGCAAUAUCCACCAGAUUAUGAUGACAAAUAAGUAUCUUGUCUUGGCUGUUGUAGAAGAAAAUAAAUUGCAGGAAAUAUCUCCAGAUAUGUUGGAGUUCAGAGACAUGGUGGAAUCCGUAAUAAGGAAGAACAGAGACAAAUUUCACAAAUAUUUUCAGUUUGGCUGGAUUGGUAGUCCUGAACUGGCCAAUUCAAUUGCAAUGUCGGUACUACCUCUCCCACAUUUGUUGGUUAUUAAUUCUACUACAAACCAUCACCACAUUCCUGAAGAAGAGCCACGCCAGAUGACUAUUGCAUCUGUUACUGCUUUUUUAGAACGGAUACAUAACCAGUCAGCACCAGCUUAUGGAGGAAAUACACUGGUUGUCAGGAUGUAUCGUACUUACUUUGAAGCAAGGACAUCUUUAGCAGAAAUGUGGCAGGGAAAUCCUGUUCUGACUGCUGUGCUGUUUGGUCUUCCUUUGGGAUUCCUCAGUUUAAUAUGUUAUUCGAUUUGUUGUGCUGAUAUCAUGGAUGCUGAUGAAGAAGAAGAAGAUAUAACCCACGAAAAGAAAGAAUGAAGAAAUCAGUUGUUACGACAUUGAACAUACAUGCUGUGAGAGGGAAACCCUUCAGUACUAGUGCAGUGACAUCGAUUGGUGCUUUGAUCGGUGUAUUACAUUGAGCUAGUGAUAUAAUGCAUUAAUCGUAAUCAUCGUCGUCAUAAACUGCUCUUAUUUUCUUGUGACAAAUCACAAAACUUUUCAAAAUGUAGUUCUGGUUUCAACCAACGAGUGUUUAUUAUUACUCUGUCUAAAUGCACACUGCUGCAGCCAGUAGGAUAAUGUUCCUCUUGCAUUGUCAAACUAGAGUAGACAACAGUAAAUUUUUCUACUGUAGCUUGUACUUAUGUUGACAAAAGAAUGGAAACCUUAAAUCAGCUCUUGCUGCAUUUUUCAUUUAGACAAAGUGAUGAUGGCCAUUGCUAGUUGAAACUGGGUUUUCCAAUAGUUCUUUGUGAUUGUCACACAAAAAUAAGAAGAUAAUUAGUCAGUCACUUAUUCCCCAUUGACAAUAUGGCGUAAUAAUCACAAUCAAACAUGUUUCAGUGUUAAUAUAAUUAUAUUAUUCUAGUCCCUUGAACUGUUUUGGUGAAACAUUUGACUACUGUGAGACUGUUUUUACUCCCUCUUCUGAAGAAGAGAGCUGUAACAGAGAGAAUCUUUGAAUGUGGUUAACGAUUCAUAGUUUGUGUGCGUAACGAUAUCUAUGCCAUGUAAAAAGAUGACAUGGCAUUGUUUUCCUGUGAUUAUUUUCAACAAUGAAGAUCUCUAACAGCAACCUGUGUUAGUAUAAGAUUGAAAACUUGUUUCGAUGAAGGUAAAGUCAAUGGAAGAUAAAGCAUGCAUCUGAAACUGAAAUACAUGAUGGGGAACAAUAAUCAUAUUGAGAUGCCAGAGUGAUUUGAGGUUUUAAAACAUUGACAUGGUUACUUUGUGAAUGGAGCUGUAAUGUUGCAUUGUAGAAGUACCUAGGAUAUCAGUGAACUUUUUCACAAAACUAAAAAUGUCUAUUUCAAGAAUAAUAAACGUAUGAAGCAUU